CAAAAAACAAGCGCUGCUGACAACGUGGAGAAUUUCGGUAAUGGUUUGAUGUCAAUUUGACAUUGACUGCAUGUUACUUUUUGUGCACGUUUGAACUACUAUUGUUUACGAAUCCAUAUUUGAUCAUAUUUUCCGAAUUUUAACUUAAUACGAUAGGCUACCGGUGAUAUUUGGAAGGAUUCCAGGAAAAGCUCUUGGAAAUAGUUGUGCGGCAGCCCCAAAUCUGGUGAUAACCUAAGCUUUAAGAGGAAAACGCGAGAGUGCUCAAGGUCGUAGUUACUACUCAAAGAAUAGGCUAAAAAUAAACAUUAUUCUUUGAUUGAAAAUAAGCCCUGACUGUGAUAAUAGUAUUUUUGUAUAUUAUUCAACUUAACUAGUUUCAAAUCAUGUCCAAUAAAUACGAAACAUUGAAAUAUCAUCAUGAUGAUAACUCUGACAAUGAGGACGAUAUUGGCCCUAACAUAACAGACCUGGGCCCUGUGGAUUAUCCGCAAGGGGAGCAUAAGCUCCAGCAUGCAUACUGUUUGUGGUUCUCAAAACGGCCAUCUCAAAUACAAGGUACAACUUUUGAUCAAUGUUUACAAAACUAUGGAAGAGCUUUACGAUUAGUGGGGCAAGUGGGUACGGUCGAGCAAUGGUGGGCUUUGUACUCUCACUUGUUCAGAUUAAACGAUAUACCAACUCACAGAGAUUUGCACUUGUUUAAGAAAGGAAUUAGGCCCAUGUGGGAAGACCCUGCAAAUAAGAAAGGCGGAAAAUGGGUGAUUAGACUUAAAAAAGAACAAGCGGCCAGAGCAUGGGAGAACCUAUGCAUGGCAAUGCUAGGGGAACAAUUUAUGGCAGGGAAUGAAAUAUGUGGUGUUGUAGUCUCGACGAGAUAUCAGGAAUAUAUAUUAAGUGUUUGGAACCGAAACUCGGCCGAUCAGCCAAUGAUUGCUCGAAUUCGUGAUGCGUUGAAAAGGUUGUUAAACAUACCACCAAGUGCCACCAUGGAGUAUAAAAUUCACAGUGAUUGCCUUAAAUAUGAGGCAGCAAAACAAAUACAAAGUACUGUAUUGAAAAGUUGACUUCACACUCCAUACAUAAAACGAUACUAACAACCACAUUGUGACAAGUAAGUUUUGAGCAUCCAGUUCAGAUCGAUGUUUUCAGUAAAUCCAACCACUUUUAAAUAAAUAUAUUUGUUAAAACA